GUUGGAUGCAGGACGGUCUCCUCCUGCUCCAUCACUGCCGUUCCUCUUCCAGUCACUAGGGAGAGACUCUGAACCAGCCAAGCUCCUGUUGUUCCGCUUAAAGGGUCCCACAGCAGGCAGCUCGGUUUACAGUCUGCGCCGCACCGCCAUCCGCACACCGGCCUCCGGGACGCGUCGCACUCUCCGUCCGGGAUGGAGAAAGGCGCCUCUGAUCCGGACCCAUCCCGCCAGCGGAACGGCUUCGUGGGCGUGUUGUACGGGGAGUUCACCGACACGCUCAACGACAGGGUCCGGUACUCGGUGAGCUUAACGGAGAGCGCCCUGACCAUCCAAAGGAUCUCCUCGUCACCCGGCCGGACUAAGGUGGUUUUUAAGUUGACCGACUGUAUCGGCUGCCGUGCGUACAGAGGGCCGGACAGCGCGGACGUCGGCGCGUACUUCACCGCCUAUUUCUACCCGUUCAAGAGGCGCUGGAUGAGCGCAGGAGUGACCCGGCAGAGAGUGGAGCAGUGCUUUCGGGUCGCGCUGGUCCAGGACCCGCUCCAGAACCUCCAGGAGGCUGAGAGGUGGGCUCAUGCCAUCAGGGAUGCCUCGGUGCUGCAGGCGCCCCGGAGAGACGGUGUGGUGUAUUCAGAGGUGCGUCGGCCUUGUAGAACCAUGAUUCUGGUGAACCCUCACAGUGGGCGUGGACAGGCUCUGCAGCUCUUUACCGGCCACAUACAGGGCAUGCUGACGGAGGCAUCUGUUCCCUACACGCUCGUCCUCACAGAGCACCAGAACCAUGCGCGGGAGCUGGUGAAGAAGGCCGACCUGUCGCAGUGGGAUGCGCUGGUUAUCAUGUCUGGAGAUGGGCUGCUAUUUGAGGUGAUAAAUGGUCUGAUGGAUCGAGAGGAUUGGCAAGAGGCCAUCCAAACCCCUCUGGGGAUUCUACCAGGUGGCUCCGGCAAUGCUCUGGCUGCGUCCGUCCACCACUACUCACAGUCACCUCCAGCGUGGAAUGAGGAGCUGCUAUUGAGCUGUGGCUUCAUGCUGUGCAAAGGUCUGGUUGGCUCCAUGGACCUGGUGUCGAUCCAUUUGGCCUCGAGGCAGCGACUCUUCUCCUUCCUCUCCAUAGCCUGGGGCUUUGUGGCAGAUGUCGAUAUUGAGAGCGAGAAGUACCGCCAUGUUGGAGCUAUCCGCUUCCUGAUGGGCACUCUGGUGCGUCUGGCCACCCUCAGAGUUUAUCAGGGCAGGUUAGCAUACCUACCUGUUAAGGAAGCGCCAAAACAUCCAAAAGGGAGCAUCAGAUCGAACCACCCACCCUGCACACCUCAGCACCCCUCGCUCUGCUCCUCCCUUCCCUGUCGGCUCAUCCCCAAUGCCUCUCCAAACCUGAGCGCUCGUCACAACUGCAACAGCACGAACUCCAACCACAACACAAUCACCAACUCCUCCAACAACGCUAUCACCACCAAGAGACCUGAGACACAGAGCGACAACAAAACCGGAGCCCCAGUGGACUCUCUGCUCCCUGGCCUGGAUCAGCCAGUCCCAGAGAGCUGGACGGUGGUCAAGGAGGAGGACUUUGUCUUGGUGCUGGCGAUUUACCAGUCCCACCUGGCUGAGGACCUCUGGACUGUCCCUGGAGCGAUGGCAGAUGAUGGGGUGAUUCAUUUGUUUUAUGUGACAGCUGGAAUCUCCCGACCUGCCCUCCUGCGCCUCUUUCUCGCCAUGGAGAAAGGCGCCCAUUUAGCUUGCGGCUGCCCCCACCUAGUGUACGAAAAGGUGAGGGCCCUGCGGCUGGAGCCCAUCACCCCACAAGGCAUGAUCACUGUGGAUGGGGAGAUGGUGGAGUACGGGCCCGUCCAGGCGCAAAUCCACCCUGGACUGGCCAAACUCAUAUGUGGAUGAACUUGGAUUAUCUUAAUCUUUAUAUUGCUACAUAGCUUUGUAGUUUGGCCUUUUAUACUCAGUGUCAAUUUCUUUAUGUAUGCUGUGUUUUCAGAAGUGCCAAAGACAUUUUAUCAACCUCUGGAAAUUCCUCUAUUUUUCUACAAAAAAACCAACUUGUCCUAUUUGUAACGUCCCCUCUUUCUCUCAAUGUUUGAUUCAGGGUCAAAGCCAUGGAUGGUUGUUCUUGCUGCUGGCUGGUCCAGGCUUAGAGAAACGGGGAGGGAUUGUGUGUGUGUGGGUGUGUGGGUGUGUGUGUGUGCGCAUAAGAGAGAUCUUUUUGUAUGUUUGUGUGAACUCAAGUGUGUAUAUAUGUGUGAGAUUGUGCAUGAGGAGCUUCGGCGGUGCGGUGGCUGAGGACUGCAUUGUGCACUCCCCUGUCGGACCUCAUAAGCGCGGCACACGUGAAGAGAAGCAUAUUUUCCCGUCCUUGGAGGUAUCUUGGAGAAGCCACGCCCCUUGUCCCACUGUACUACACCAGGCUGACAAUCCAGCUCCUGGGCGGCCACUCUGACAGCAUCACCUCCCCCCAGUCUAGGAAUAAAAAAAAAAAAAAGGAGCUUUCUUACUGAGGAGAUAUAAAUCCCCUGGGGAUUUAACAUCGACAGAUCUUUAAUCUUUGCAUAUAAAAACUGGAACAAUACCAGAUCUUGUCAUGUUAAGUCCUAGUAUCCCCUCCUCCUCCUCCUCCUCCUCCUCCUGGAAACUUCUACCAGCUGAUAAUGCAUGAACUGCUGGCGAAGCAGACAGAAACCUGGCCCGCUGCGGUUACACCUCCACCGCUGGCCCAAUGCAUUUCCCGUCCUGUUUCAUCUGCAGCCAUCAUUAAACUGUAGGAAUUGCCUCCACUCACAUGCACAUAUACACACUUUCUUUUCCCCAUCCCCCCCUCAUCUUAUGCACAGAUCCUCUCACACACACACACACACACACAUGCACACACACACAUUCCCUUGCAUCUCUGCAGCACUUAGCGAGGGGGAGGUGCAUGGUCUGCUACUGUGCAUAUGAUCCCCUCUCCUCUUGCCAUCAUCUUAAGAUUGUACUCUCUCUCCCUCCCUCGGUUAACGAGCCAUCAGCACCUAAUGUGUCCUUAAUAUGAAGCUUUACAUCUGUAAAAGUGUGCUAAAUAGAGAGUCUUUUUUUUUUUUAAUCGUAUGAAAGCUUUUAAGUGGAUUUCAAACACAUGUGAGACUGGUUGAAGCACACUAAAGUGGAGGAAGCAGGGUUUCAAUACUGGGUCAGUCAGCGUUGCAUAUUGAGAGUCAUGCGAUCAAUGUGAGCGAGAGGGAGUCAAGUGCUUUGCUCCACUGUGUGGCCUUUUUUUUUUUUUGUUGUUGGCUGUUUGGUGCUGUGGUGAUGAGCAUUAGUGCACUGGAGCAGAGCAGAGUGCAAAUGUUAGCAUUAUCAUCAGUGGCCCCUUUUCACACUUUUAUACACACAUACUGUAAACACACACUCCAGUUUAGUUCAGGUCACGCACCAGAACUGUUCAUCCACAGCAUAGGAAGGAAUAUGAUCUCAUUUAAGUCUCUUCUGACUUUAAAAAACUAUUCAGAAAUUAUUAAAAAAUAAAACAGUUGGGUAAACUGUACAAAUGCUGAUGCAAAAUUACCUGCAGUGCUGAAAGUGAGAAUGUUGACGGGCUAAUGGGGUUCAAAGAAGUGCUGAUAAUCAGCUCUUCAAGGUUUUGAUGAACACAUCACUGUCAUCCUGAGUGCAUUACAGUCAAUGCAACGAGCUGAUAGCGCACAUCAUUUUCUGCUGCUUUUUCUGGAGCUUGUGGAGGAACUGCAAGUGACUGGCUUCCACUAGGAGCGCAAAUAUUUUUUUUAAAACAUAAUGCAAGCAAAAGUAAGUUUUUUUUUUUGUUUUUUUUUUAGGGACUGUGCAAAAAUUAUUGGGGUCUGGUGGCUAGCCAUCUAGAGGAAUAACAUAUUGCAAAUCGGUGCUACAUUUAUUUGAAUCAGAGUUGAUCAUUGGUGAAUAAGCCAAAAAAAUUCACGAUGGAUCCAGAUUUCCACAUGGUUCCGCAAUUUUGGCUCCACAGCAUAUUUGCAUUAGCAUCCAUUAAUGAAAUUAAAUAAAAUAAUCCUGCCACUCUUCGAGACUUUCCAAAUGUGACAGGACUGAGUGGGAGAAAUUCUGAUUCUCGUUUGCAGGAUUUGCGAUGUUUGGAAACAUUUGGUCACUGCUUUACCGCUGCUGCUUUUCCAAUCAUUGUUCUGGGGAAAAAGAAAAUGCUAUUUGAAUCAGCGUGAUGAAUGCUUAAGUUGUAGGUAUGUGAGUCGGCCUUUGUAUUAAAGAACAAAAAAACAAACUAAAAAACUGUAGCUGUUUCAGGCAUAAUACAAACUCAAAUUCAAAUUAAUCGCAUAAAUUUGAUAUAUAUAUAUAUAUAUAUAUAUAUAUA